AAUGCAUGGUGGUUAUCGUACGAAGGUUCAUAACAACAACAAGAUGGCGUUCAAUCAAUUUCAGCAGUAUCAGGCCGCCUGGCAAUCGCAGCCUUUACCGCCAGGAUGGGAGGCUAGAUACGACAACAACGUCGGUAGAUAUUAUUUUAUUCACCAUGCUACAAGAACAACAACAUGGAAAGAUCCCCGUUUGCAGCAGCAAGAACAGAUUGCAAUGAAUAACUUUGGGCAGCAACACACUGCAGCUCAACCCAUGAAUCAGCCUGCGGCUCCUGUGGCUCAACAACCUGCUGCAGCCCAACCUUCACGUCAACAGGAAACAUCUUUUACAACAGAAAGGCAGAGAAGUGAAAGUUUGGCCUCAUUGGAGUCUUAUGGAUUUGACUUUGAUGAACCAAAAGAAAAGACGGAAAGUGAGAAAGCUAAUUUACGAUCCCAAAUGAAGAUUGAGUUCUCUAGCAUCUCUGAUGAGGUGAUCGCUAUUUCCCUUGAAAGUGCAGAUUACAAUGAAAAUGAUGCUAGGGAAAUACUACGGACAUUGAAAAGAGAAGAAGAAGAAAGAAUGCGUCGUGAAGAGAUACAGAGGAGACAAGAAGAGGAGGAAAGGCGGGAGCGAGAGAGGCAAGAACAGGAGGAGAGGUGGCAAAGGAAGGAACAACGCCAAAAAGAGGAGCGGGAGAGAGUAGAGAGGGAGGCGAAAAAGAAGGAAUUAUCAGCCAAGUUCAAGCGAGAUUAUGGUGAAGCUAUCGAUGAAGCUGUGAUUACCAUGACCUUAGAAAGUAUGAAUUAUGAGGAGGACGAUGUACGGAGAAUUUUAGAGGACCUUAAAGUCGAGCAAGAGGAGCAAAAGAAACGAAUGGCACGGGAAUUAGAAGAAGCAAAGAAGAAAGCUGCCGCCAAAGUUGCUAAAGAAAAGAGCGCUAAACCCAAAGAGAGCAAAAAACCCGAAACCAAGAAACCGGAUACAGCCCCAAAGGCCACAAUCAAAGCUACCCCUAAACCCUCUGCUCCAGUCGCCAGUACAUCUAAGACAACACCAGCGAGAGGAAGAGCCGGGCCAUCCAAGACAAGGCAGCCAAUCAAAACAAAGCCAAAACCUCCAGAGUUCAAGUCACCUCUACGCACGGCUUCAACUGGGGUCGACCCCGCCCUUGCAAAGGGGCCAAACGCCUCUCUACUCAUUCCUCAGUGGGUCCAGACAAAAGGGCCUGCUGGAUCUAAUCGUCAAGGACCAAACCGAGCCCUGGUGCAAGGCCCAUCGUCACACCAAACUCGGGGCAGAGAGGUGCUAAACAAAGGUCCACAGCCGGGACUUUGCCAUGGCCCUCAGCACAGUCUGGUACAAGGGUCUAUGUACACGGUGAUCCAAAUAUAGAUUACGGUGACGUUACCGGAUGAAAAAAAAAAAACGAUUUAUUUACAUGGGCUGCAAAUGUUCAUCAACACAAUUAUAGUUCACCUUUAGCUUAUAUCGUAGGUUGACGUCAUAUCGUGAUAAUAUACCGCAACUUUUUUUUUCCAAUUUAGUGUGUAAACGCUAAUAUGGACCCAAAACUGUACCUUCAGAUAACUAAGAGUAAUCACUUGUCACAGCAAUAUGAUCGGUGAAAAGGAUAUAAAGACGUGAAAAUAUCGCAUCGCUUUUUCUCGUCAAGUUAACCAAAGACGAAGCAUUGUAUUCCAUUCUAUAGUAGAGUUAGUGCACAGUUAGUAUAGUACUAUAGUACUAAGUGGAGUAUGCUUGUCAACAGGGUCUUUGUUCGUUUCAUCGGUUACAGACCGCCCGAAGAUAUCGGAUACUUCGUGCCGACGAAAGAUGCACAAAGUGCAUCGCAAGCCCCGGAGAUGCAAGAAAAACUUCUACUGUAACUCUCUUGUUGACAAACAUAAUCCUCUUUAUAAUACGAGCCCUGUUUAUUUUCCUUAUAAUAUCAAUCGAGCGUUAAAUAGGAAUCUAUUCUGAUGUGCUCCCUUGGUGUAAAUAGACGACGGAAAACAUUAAAUACCGACUACAAAGCUCAA